AUCAUCUUCAUCACUCUGGACUUUACUGUUGUGGUGACGCGGGUUCGAGCCCGGAGCUGGUGGAUCUAGUGGACCUGGACCUGGACCUGGACCUGGACCUGGACCUGGACCUGGACCCGGACCUGGACCUGGACCUGCAGGGGGGACCGUUCUGGUGAAGAACCGGACCGGAACCAGCCUCGUCCAGGACCAGCUCUCCAGGACUUCCUGUUUUCCAGGUGAUGGUUUGAUUGACAGCUCCAGGACUUCCUGUUUUCCAGGUGAUGGUUUGAUUGACAGCUCCAGGACUUCCUGUUGCAGAUGAUGGUUUGAUUGACAGCUCCAGGACUUCCUGUUUCAGGUGAUGGUUUGAUUGACAGCUCCAGGACUUCCUGUUUUCCAGGUGAUGGUUUGAUUGACAGCUCCAGGACUUCCUGUUGCAGGUGAUGGUUUGAUUGACAGCUCCAGGACUUCCUGUUUCAGGUGAUGGUUUGAUUGACAGCUCCAGGACUUCCUGUUUUCCAGGUGAUGGUUUGAUUGACAGCUCCAGGACUUCCUGUUUUCCAGGUGAUGGUUUGAUUGACAGCUCCAGGACUUCCUGUUUUCCAGGUGAUGGUUUGAUUGACAGCUCCAGGGUGAUGGACGCUGAGAGCGUUAACGUGUUAGCCGCGGCGGCGGUGGCGGGUGAUUGGCCGCUGGACGCCCCGGUCUGCCUGGAGGAGCCCCUGCAGGACUGGGUGGUGGACCCCGAGUGUGCUCUCGCCGACAGUGAACCCGAGGACGUCCUGCAGGCCGUCGACCCCAACGAGGUGUUUGGUCUGGGGGCGGAGCCGGAUCUGGGGGCGGAGCCUGAGCUGGGGGCGGAGCCAUCGGGGGCGGAGCCAGAGUCCUCGGAGAGCGACAGCGGCGACGUCUCCUCCUCGGAGGAGCCCGUCGUCAUGGCAACCAGCCAGGCGACCGUCUACCAGGUGGUCUAUGACAUCACCGGGCUGGGCGGGGCCGAGGGCCGAGGGGGCGUGGUCUCCAUCCAGCUGGGGGGGUGUGGCCAAUCCCCGCUGCUGCUCCCCGACGCCUGCGUGGUCCACGAGCUGCCGGAGCUGGAGGGGGGCGGAGCCGACGGAGACCCGUCGUUCCCGGACCUGCGUCUGACGGAGGAAGAGCAGCAGCUGCUGAUCCAGGAGGGCGUGUCGCUGCCGCCCCACCUGCCGCUCACCAAGGCGGAGGAGCGGGUCCUGAAACGGGUCCGGAGGAAGAUCCGGAACAAGCAGUCGGCCCAGGACAGCCGGCGGCGCCGGAAGGAGUACGUGGACGGACUGGAGGGAAGGGCGGCGGCGUGUUUGCAGCAGAACCGGGAUCUCCGGAGGACGGUGGAGCAGCUGGAGACUCGCAACACGUCUCUGCUCUCUCAGCUGCAGCAGCUGCAGACUCUGAUCCGGAGGACGGCCAGUAAAGGAGCCCAGACCAGCACCUGCCUGCUGAUCAUCCUGGUGUCUCUGGUUCUGAUCAUCCUGCCGAGCUUCAGUCCCUUCAGUCGCCUGCCGUCCACCGACGACGACCUCCGACCCCGAGGAGUCGUUUCCAGGAACAUCCUGACGGACCCGUCGUCGUACCGACCCGACGGGGACGGAGAAGAACCGCCGGCCCGGGCCGACCCGGCCGACCCGGCUCCGCCCCCUGAGCUCGGCCAAUCACGACCUCCGGAGACGCCGGUCCAGCAGGAACCAGGAGAAGAACCAGAACAUGCAGCUUUGGAGGACACCGCCCAAGUGGGGAACCAACCAGAACCAGGGAACGGGUCGGCUGCUGCCGGGCCGACAGGACCCACCGGAACCACCGGACUCACCGGAGGUCCAGACGCGGCUAAACCGGCCCACGCCGAUGAAAUGUAGCCGGAGGGACCGUUGGGAGAUCAGCGGGUUCUGGUACCGACCCGGGUACCGACCCGCCGGCUGGGCAGUUCUGGGACUGGUGGUGGUUCUGAAUGGAGGAUUUUUUUGUGCCAAAAUUAGAUAAAUAAAUACAUAACUAAUUAAUUAAUUAAUUAAUUAAAUACUGAAAUAAUUAAAACAUUUUUUACUUAAAAUGAAUUACAUUUUAAUUAAUUAAUGACAUUUAAUUAAUGAAUUAUAUAUUUAAUUCCCAUUUUAAUUAAUUAAUGACACAUUCAAUUAAGUAAUUAAAUGUGUCAUGAAUUAAUUAAAUACUGAAAUAAUUAAAUAUUUUUUUUUACUUAAAAUGAAUUAUAUUUUAAUUAAUGAAUGACACAUUUAAUUAAUUAAUGAUAUGUUUAAUUCCCAUUUGAAUGAAUGAAUUAAUUCAUUCAUUAUUUAUUUAUUUAUUUAAUUUUGGCACAGAAAAUCCCCUAUAGUUCUUCUGCUCUAAUCAAGGUUUUAUUGGAUCUUCUGGUUCUAAGACGUAAAACUGAGUUACGGGACCAGAACUGGACCAGAACUGGACCAGAACUGGACCGGAACUGGACCAGAACUGGACCGGAACAGGACCAGAACUGGACCGGAACAGGACCGGUACCGAAUCUGGAAAAGGAGAUGAAUCAGCUCCAGUGUCUGUUUAGCGUGCUAGCAGCUUAGCAUGCUAGAAGCUUAGUGUGCUAGAAGCUUAGUGUGCUAGAAGCUUAGCGUGCUAGAAGCUUAGCAUGCUAGAAGCUUAGCGUGCUAGCAGCUUAGCGUGCUAGCAGCUUAGCGUGCUAGCAGCUUAGCCGGCCAACGAGCUAAAAGUAAUCGAUUGUUUUAUAUCUUUUAUACGCAGAUCAGAGGUUUGAUGAUAUUUUUGAGUUUUAGUAAAAAUUACUCCUUAAUGGGUUUUAAUCGCAGCUGCAACAUUUUUAAUGUGGAAUUUUAAUUUUUAUGUGGAGAAUUAACUUUGAAGCUAGCAGGGUUAUCUGGUGAAAAACACUAAUGUAGCAUUAGCAUCUUUAGCACACCUUAGCUGGACUAGCUGUUUUGAUAGCUAGCCUGAAUGCUGCCGGCGGAGGGUUCGCUAGUCCUUUAGCUUCAGUAUGCUAAAGCUCAUGCUGUAAAAUAAGCCUUAGCUUAGUAAAGUGAAUGAUAAAGAGGUUAGCUUAGCCGUAUUAAAGCCUGUUAUGUAAUAAUAGCUUUAGCAUGCUAAAGCUCAUGUGGUAACAUUUAGGUAUAACAGUCUUGAUGUGACAUUAGCAUGCUUAAGCUGUUAGCUUUAGCAUUGUGAAUAAGAAAACAUUUUUAAAUGAUAAAAUAUGAAGGUUUAAUAUGACUUGUUACAGCAUUAGCUUUAGCAUGCUAAAACUCAUGUUACUAGCUUUAGCAUGUUCCUGGUUUGUUUGGUUCCUGCUCAGCUUUUGUUGAAGAAUAAUAAUAAUAAAUUAGGUUUUUCUGGGAA